AUAAGAGGGAGCAGUUAGUGGGACUGCAGCUCUCGCUCACAAACACAGUUUUGUAAUGUUGACAGAGCAGCUGCCUCACACAGAUAAAAGUGACACUAGGAAGAUUUCGCAGAAUAAAACUUGACAACCAGAGGGAUAUCCAGCCAUGAUUUCAAAUGACUACAGCACAGAGGAAAAAUCAUUUCACCAUAAUACAGGAACCAAAGGUGGCAAAGUCAAUGAGGAAUCUACUCCCCACCAAAUGACCAUACAGACACUCAUCAUGGAGGUGAAGCAGCUUCAGAUACUGCAGAGUGAUGCUAUCAAAGCUCAAGAAGAGGCCAAACAAGCAUUAGAGAAAGCGUUCAGUGGUCAUCAGCAACUUAAGCUGCAUUUAGAGCAGAACAAGACCCUCAGUGACAGCCUUCAGAGGCAGCUUGAGACACUACAUGCGGAGAGAGCAGCACUACUGUCAAAUGCAUCUAAUAUUCGGGAAAGUUGUGGACGAUGCCAUCCAGGAUGGUUGUUAUUGAACACAUCAUGCUACUUUCAUGCUAAAGUAGGGCUCAGUUCCUUGAAGAACUGGUCAGACAGCAGAGCGGACUGUAUCAGCCGUGGGGCAGAUUUGGCUGUGAUUGACAACUGGGACGAGCAGCUAAAUCUUUUUGAGACCCUACCAAAAGUGGAACGCACUGGUCGACCAUGGUGGUUUGAGGCUCCAGGAAUUUGGAUUGGCCUUACAGAUAUUCAGAAAGAGGGCACGUGGGUGUGGGUAAAUAAUGUGACCCUGCAGCAUGGAGGGUACUGGAUACAAGGGGAACCCAACAACUAUGGGUCCUAUGGUGAGAACUGUGCAGCACUUAUGAUCAGAGACAACCCUAGGAAGUCAUGGUUUGAUGGACAGUGUGAUGUGACUAAGGAAUGGCUGUGUGAAAUGGGACCCAACUAGUUCACGUGUCAAACAA